AAGUGUGCAAGUGCAAGUGCAACCGCGAGCGCGACCUUUUCCCGUGGGCGCCUAGGAAAAACAGCCGUUUCCUGCGCCCGUCCCUCACCUUCACGUCGGCGACCGACCGGCAGACCGACAAACUCGAGGCAGGCCCCAAUGGCGUUGGCUCGCCUCCGCCUCCUCGACCGCUACGGUCUCCUGUCGCCGGCGCUCUCUGCGACGGCGCUGCGGUCCUUGGGAGACCUGCGCGCGCUCUGCACGCUCUCCACCACGCUGCGGUCCGGCGCCGGCGAGGACGAGAUCGAGCGCAUCCGCCGCGAGUUCGAUGACGCCAAGCGCAACUACCUCAGCAUUCCCGCCGCCAUCAAGGACAUGCCCAAGAUGAAUCCGCAAGGCAUUUACGUCAACAAGAACGUCAAGCUGGACGACCUCCAGGUCUACGGCUUCGACUACGACUACACGCUGUCGCACUACUCCGAGCACCUGCAAUGCCUUAUCUACGAUCUUGCCAAAAGGCACUUGGUCAAUGAGUUGAAGUAUCCGGAGAGUUGCUUGCAGUACGAGUAUGACCGCACCUUCCCCAUCAGGGGUUUGUACUAUGACAGACUUAAAGGGUGCCUACUCAAGCUUGAUUUCUUCGGCUCUAUUGAACCAGAUGGUUGCUUCUUUGGGCGGCAAAGGCUGAGUUUGAGUGAGAUAAAAGAGCUCUAUGGCACACGGCAUAUUGGCAGAGAUCAAGCUCGUCAUCUUGUUGGGCUGAUGGAUGUCUUCUGUUUUAGUGAGGCAUGUCUGAUUGCCGAUAUUGUUCAACACUUUAUAGAUGCAAAACUGGAGUUUGAUCCAUCUUACAUAUAUGAGGAUGUUAAUCAAUCGAUUCAGCAUGUUCACAGAAGUGGUUUAAUUCACAGGCAAAUUCUUUCCGAGCCUGAGAAAUUUCUGAUAAAAAAAAGCCAGGUGUUCCGUUUCUUGAAGAUGCUGAAAGAGAAAGGGAAAAAGCUAUUUCUUCUUACUAAUUCGCCUUUCUACUUUGUAGAUGGAGGGAUGCGUUAUUUGCUAGAGGACCAACAUUUUGAUGGAAAUUCCUGGAGGGAACUGUUUGAUGUUGUGAUUGCGCAGGCAAAUAAACCAACUUUCUAUAACUCAGAUCACCCAUUCAGGGUGUAUGACACUCAAAAGGACACCUUAACUUUUACUGCAGUUGACAAGUUUCUGCCAGAUCAAGUAUACUAUCAUGGCUGUUUGAAAUCAUUUCUACAGAUCACAAAAUGGAAAGGCUCAGAGGUGAUAUAUUUUGGUGACCAUCUUUUGAGUGACUUGAGAGGACCUUCAAAAGCUGGUUGGCGAACAGCUGCUGUAAUUCGAGAACUUGAGGAUGAAAUAGAAAUCCAAAACGGUGACAGCUACCGAUUCCAACAGAUUGGGACUGUGAGAGGGAACUGUUCAUGCCGCACUGUUGAUCGGUACAAUUUGAAAGGCACAGUCGGGGCCUGUUUGGUAACAAUGUUUCUCAAAACCAUGAUUUUACGAUACUAUACUUUGCAAUUGUCAUGACACUACCAUACUUUACGAUACUAUGCUUCAAGAAUACUAGCUAUUGUUUGGAUAUAACAUUGUAAACCAUGAUAUUUAGACAAAAGUUAGCCAUGUUAUGAAAACUUUAGGUUGGAGUAGAGUUGCCAAUACUCUAAAAAUACCAUGGUAUCUAAAAUACCAUAGUUUUGAAAAUGCAGUUUUCAGGAAUGCAGUCAAACAGCUCAUGGCAUAAAAUACUACGGUAUUUCUGUAAACCAUGGUAUUGUCUAGAAACUACAAAAAUACUUUACUUUCAAACAGGCUAGCAGGUUUUGGUUCAGGCGACUCACUUAUGGGGUGUUUGGUUUGAGGAAUGAGUUAGUCCAUCAUCUUCUCACUCAUUACUAUUUUUGUUUGGUUCGUGGAAUGGAAUGAGUUGAUCCAUUUCCACCUCAUUCCUCAUAAUUAGUUAGUACUAAUAUGAGGAAUGGUUAUUCCACUAAAUUUGAGUAAUGAACCCAUGAUGAACUACCUCAAUUUGGUUGGAGUGAUUCCUCGAACCAAACACCCACUUAGUCUUUAGGCACUUCUUGCUGCUGUUAUUCUUUUGUGGAGUGCUAUGCGACACGGGUUGGUAAAUCCCCUGGUAUGCAAAAUCCAAAACAUGACAUGGGCAAUCAGUCGCACCACAAAUUGAUCUACAGAUACACCGAUGGCAUUUACCUUUUGUAUCUGAUAGAUAUUAUUUGAUUCCUCUUAUCACAUUUGCAGUUUGUUAGUUCAUGAAAUUUUCAUCCACAUGGAUGCUGAACAAUUUACUCGGUGUAUCUUGCA